AUGAAACCAAUUGCAAUAUUAUUCGUGGUUUUAGUCUAUAAAUCUAUCAACGCUGAAAAUGCUUCUUGUGAGCCUAGUGAAUUCGAAGAUGGAAAUGAUAAUUGUAUGAUAAUUGAAGGAGGUGUUCUGGAAUUAAAGGGUGAAUCGAAGGAUGGUGAGUUGAUAUAAGUCCCUAAGCCUAACCUAAGCCUAACACUUUUUGCAGAUUUUGACACCGAAAAGCUCAAAAAAAUCACCGAAAUCCGUCAUGGUCUUCAUGUGAAAAUUGACGAUCUCGAAAUUUUCGAUCUUUUGCCAAAUGUGAAAAGAAUCGCAAAUCCCAAUGGAAAUGCCCUUCAUUUUUCCAACCACAAAAACUUGAAAACGAUCAAAUUCGAAAGUUUGGAACAGCUCAGUGGUAAAGUUGGAAUCUACUUUGAAAAUGACAAAUUUCCAAGUUUCACGGACACCGAAGAGACUUCGAUGAACAGUUUAUCAAAAUUGAACCAAGUUUUCGUUCCGAAACAUAUCAAAUGCAAGGAUAAUUUCAUCAGAGUGUUUUAUUCUGGUCAAGAAGAAAACUCGGAAGAACCCGCCAAUUUUUGGUUGUAUAUUAUAAUCGUUGCAUGUAUCAUUGUGCUUUUGGCGAUUAUUUUAUUUGUGGUUCAGAUUUUCAAAUGUCAAAAAAUGCUCAAGAAUUUGGAUGCGAAGAAGACGAAGGAUGCCGAAGAGCAAUCGAGUAAUGAGGAUCCUGGUGCAAGAAGUCCGAAUGCAGGUAGAAAAGUCAAGAGCUAUUGA